UACCUGGAGGUAACUUGCUGCUUACUAUUUGUACUGGAAAGUCAAGCGUAACCGUUGUUGCUGUUUAAUAGUACUUUCUAUGCGGAAAAUGAUACUGAUUAUGAAGUGUUUUUUAGUGUUACUGGUUUCUUAUACGACUGCUUGGACUAAUACUGGGUCAUUUGAGUUUAUUUUUAAUCAAGACAGACCAUACGAAACGAUAAAUAUCAAUAUACCUAGGAGCAUUUGGAAACAAGCGUUUAAUCCACCGCCAUUUUUAAAAUCGUCGGUAACAAUAGUUGUACCCGUUCAUGUGCCACAAGAUGAUAAUGAAGUAGAAUAUGAUGCGGACGACGAAGUUACAGAAAUAAAUGAAGUUAUAGAAACUACUGUGGUUAAUGAUGAAGUUAUUCAAGAAGUAGUUGCUGAAACAACAGUAAUUCCAAAUGUAACUGAAAGUUCAGUCCAAGAUGAAGAAAUCACUACAACUGAAUCACAACAAGUGACUGGGCAAUUACUUCGAUUUCCUUGUGCAUGUCGAAAUGGACAAUGUGGUUGCUGUACUGGAGCUAUUUUGGAAAGGUUUAACAUGAAAGCAUGUGGAAAUAUUAGUUUCAUACCUGAAGACUUUGUAUUUGACGUUAGAUUGAGUGUAAAUAAUAAUACUAUGAUUAGACGUAGAGUAUCAGCUAGUGAUCCACCACCGAUAUGUUUUAAUCCUAGAGUAGCUCCAUUUGUCCGUGUAUGCGCUGAAAUAUCAAAUAUUCGUAUACGCAAUAGAAAUGCAUUUGCAUGCUUGGAUAUUGAUGCAGAUAUUGGCGGUUUUUCUAUUUACUCGGCAUCAUUUAGAUGUUUUGGGCUAGGUUCUUCGGGAAUCCAAACAGGUUUGAAGCCUAAACCAAUAUCAUCAGGGCCUAAGCCUGUCAAUCUGUUUGGUAAUAGUGAUAGAGACGAUGAUGAAAGUGGAUUCUUACAAAAUGCUGCAAGUGCAGUUCUUGGCGGAGGUGGAAGUGAAAGCAAUGGAUUGUUUGGAGGAUCGAGUUCUAAUGACGAUGAUGAUGGGCCUCUAGAUGCGAUCGGUGAUGUAGUUGAAGACUUAUUUGAUGGCAGACGAUUAGACUAUUGAUUUAAAAGUAUUAUCGUUAUGUGAUAUAUAUUAUUUGUGUGUAAAUAAUUUUACACUUAUUGUGUACCUAGAUAAUUUAAGAAAUAAUUUAUAAGUAGUUUAUUAAUUUAUUCUAAUUAUAUGUAUUUUCA